AUGCUGGAUAUCGAGUCUGCGUCACGACUCUCGGAAGGACUCAAGAGGUCACCGCAGUUGAAAUCUGUUGUCCUACACUACUGUGGCGUCAGCAAAGAGGGGAUGAAGCUCCUGUUGAAAGCACUUCAGCAGUGCAACCACUUGACGUCUCUGCAAAUCCGUGAUUACAGCUUUCUGAAAGCUGCCGCUGUGCAUCUGGCGGAAAUUGUAAAACGCAACAGCUACCUGAAGGACCUCUUUCUCUAUCACAUGCCUGACGAUGUAUUGGCAAUUAUCGCGAUUGCGCUCAGAGAGAACAGUUCGAUCGAGAAUUUGAAAAUAAAUGAAUCUAAUGAUAGUGCUCGUAGUAUGCCCCACAUUUCUGAUGCCUUGAAGACGAACGGGACAAUAAGAACGCUCGAGCUUAAUAACUGUGGUGUGGAGGAAAGUGAUGUGGUUCAGUUUGCUCAGGCUCUCAAAGUGAACGUUACUCUCCGGAAGCUUCAACUUCGAUGGAGCAGUUUCACCGACGCAGGUGCAAGGCGUCUAGCACAAGCUCUGGAGUCAAACCAUACGCUUCGUGUAACUCGAUCUCUCCUGUAA